AUGUUUGGUAAGCUCAAAAUAGAUCUUGGCAAAUUCAAGAUCGAUAUCAAACUACUUGGAGAUUUGGUCAUCCUUGCAGGUGCAAGUUUAUCUGUCUAUUAUUUACUAAACGUCUUGAUAAACGACUACUUAGACAAUAGCAUAAAAAACAAGCAAGCUGACAAGAAAGGUGCCAGCAUAUUGAAAAAAAUCCAAUCCAAUAACCCUUCUUUAAAGAGUCUAUCUCUCAAUCAAUAUGAGAAGUCUUUGCUUAGCUCAUUGGUAACUCCAGAAGAAAUUUCGGUGACAUUUGAAGAUAUUGGUGGGCUUCAAGAUAUUAUAGAUGAAAUAAGGGAAGCAGUGAUAUUGCCAUUGACCGAUCCAGAAUUGUUUGCAGUACAUUCGGAUUUGAUAAGAUCUCCAAAAGGUGUUUUGUUUUAUGGUCCACCUGGUUGUGGAAAAACCAUGUUGGCAAAAGCCAUUGCUAAAGAGAGUGGAGCGUUUUUUCUUUCCAUAAGGAUGUCGACAAUCAUGGACAAAUGGUAUGGUGAGUCGAAUAAGAUCACUGAUGCUAUAUUUUCAUUAGCCAACAAAUUGCAACCAUGUAUUAUAUUCAUUGAUGAGAUUGACUCAUUCUUGAGGGAUAGAUCUUCGAGUGAUCAUGAAGUUAGUGCAAUGUUGAAAGCUGAAUUUAUGACGCUUUGGGAUGGUCUCAAGUCCAAUGGUCAAAUUAUGGUGCUUGGUGCUACUAAUAGAAAGAAUGAUAUCGACGAAGCCUUUUUAAGAAGAAUGCCCAAGACUUUUGCUAUUGGUAAGCCCAGUGCCGUGCAGCGAAAAGCUAUCUUGUCCAAAAUAUUGAAAGAUGCCAAUUUAGAUGAGAAGGAUUUCGAUAUCGAUUACUUGGUUAGCCAUACGAAUGGCUAUAGUGGAUCCGAUUUGCGGGAAUUGUGUCGAGAGGCAGCAAUAUUACCAGUUCGAGAAUACAUCAAAGAAAACUACGAUCUCAAGAAGGGCAAGCUCGGUCGUGAUGAAAAUGAUACCUUGCCUGUUCGUCCAUUGCGGACAUCGGAUUUCACCAAUGUGAAAAAUGGAUCACAAUCGGCUAUUCCAAGCUUAGCAUUGGACUAA